CAACCUUUGAACCCUAAUAAAGAAGUCAACACACAGAGUAUAGCUAGCUAAUAUAGUACGAGUUUGUUUCCCAUCUUCUCUCUUCUCUAUUGAUCUGAAAAAUGGCUGGUCGGAUUUUGAGGAUGGUCAAAGAGCAUCCUGAUGUGGCUCCAGUAUUUGUCAUCACAAUCCUGGGGGCGGCCUUUGCUGGUGCAGCCAUCGCCAGAGCAUCAAUUUUCUAUACUGACGUCUCGUGGGACAGGAAAAACAACCAACACCCCUGGCUCAACGUCAAGCACAAUGAACAGACAAAGUUUAUCAAAGCAAACGAUUACACCCAACUGAAGGACACGCGACCAAAGAUCUAGUCUGUCCUGACUAUGAACACUGGAAACUGUAUGUACUGUACCUGUACCUAGCUAUAGCUCAUUAUAGACUGUUCAUUAAUGUAGAUUUGCUAUUAUCUCGUGUUCAGUAUAAGUACCUGUUUUUGUGGUGAUAAUAAUACAACAAAUGCAUUAAAUUUCUGUCA